AUGGUGCCUCAGGCCACAGGCCCAGGCUCGGAAUCUCUCGGUAUUCAGGACAUCGAGCCCGUUACCACCACCACAGGGCAAAGGGUUCUAGUUACCAAUGAGAAGCCCCGGCAAAGUAUCAUCUCUGAGUCGUACGACCUUGGCGCGGGUGACGAGAACCCAACCAUUGAUGAACUUCACGGCCCCAAUGCCUUGCGUCGCAUCUCAGCUCCGAUUCCCUGGGUCGUCUACACCGUUGCAUUUGUUGAACUGUGCGAGCGUUUCUCCUACUACGGAACCCAAGUCCUCUACUCUAACUUUGUGAACCACGCACUUCCCCUUCCUGUCCCGAAUGGUCCUCCGGGAUCAAGCCAUGCCACUGGAGCUGGUGGCCCUAGCUCCCAGGGUGUAUCGGGUGCCUUGGGCAAGGGUGUCGAAACUGCCAGUGCCAUCAACACUUUCAACACCUUUUGGUGCUACUGCCUCCCUCUGGUGAGUGCCUACAUCGCCGACGAGUACUGGGGACGAUACAAGACCAUCUCCUGGUCUAUUGGGGCUGCCAUUCUCGGUCAUAUCAUUUUGGUUGUCUCUGCCAUCCCACCGGUGCUCACAAACACAGAUGCUUCCUUCGCUGUGUUCAUUCUGGGCGUGAUAAUCAUGGGUUUAGGGACGGGUGGCUUCAAGCCCAACAUAUCCGCUCUUGUUGUCGAGCAGAUACCUGCUGUCAAUCUCAAGGUGCGUACACUCGAAACGGGUGAGCGUGUUGUCGUCGACCCCACUAUCACCCAGAGCCGUAUCUACCACUAUUUCUACAUGUUCAUCAACAUCGGCGCAUUGACAGGUCAGAUCGGCAUGGCUUAUGCGGAAAAGUAUAUUGGCUUCUGGUUGGCCUUCUUACUACCCACGCUCAUGUUCCUGACUACUCCAUUCAUCAUGUGGUGGGGCCGCAAGCGCUAUCGCCAGUCUUCCCCGGCAGGCUCGGUGACUUACAAGGCUAUCAAGACAUUCCUGUUUUGUAUGCGCAACCGCUGGCACUACAAUCCGUACAUCUUCUGGAAGCGAACACACGAUGGCACUCUCUGGGACACGGCGAAGCCUUCUAGCAUUGAGCCCGAAUUCCGGCCUAAGUGGAUGACCUUCGAUGAUGCAUGGGUGGACGAAGUGCGCCGUGGAUUUGCCGCUUGUGCUGUCUUUUGCUAUUUCCCGGUCUACUGGCUAGCCUACAAUCAAUUAACAAACAAUCUCACCGCACAGGCUGGUACGAUGACUUUGAAAGGCGUCCCCAACGACGUUGUGAACAAUCUUGAUCCGUUGGCGCUACUCAUCUUCGUCCCGCUCUGCGACACGCUCCUAUACCCCGGGUUGCGCAAAAUGGGUAUCCAUUUCACGGCUAUCAAGAAAAUCACCCUUGGUUUCUUGCUGGCGUCGCUCUCCAUGAUCUGGGCAGCUGUCAUCCAACACUACAUCUACAAAACUUCGCCCUGCGGUUACCGGGCCAACAACUGCUACACCGACGAUGGCAGCGUCAACCCGUCCCCCAUCAUUGUCUGGGCUCAGACUGGUUCAUACGUUCUAGUUGCUAUAUCGGAGAUCUUUGCCAUCAUCACCUCGAUGGAGUAUGCUUACUCGAAGGCGCCUCGCAAUAUGCGUUCCCUCGUCCAGGCCAUCAAUUUGUUCACCAACGCCAUCUCCGCUGCGAUUGCUGAGGCUUUGAUCACGCUAUCCAGGGACCCCCUGUUGAUCUGGAAUUAUGCAGUCUUCGCUAUCUUAACCUUGGUCGGUGGAACCAUCUUCAUUAUCCAAUUCUGGAGUCUGGAUAAGGAGGAGGAUGAGUUGAACAACCUGCCUGCGGGUCAUGUGCAAGCUAACGAGAACGUGGAGAACCAGGCAACGUUUGAACAUGCCGAGAUUAGCGCCGGUCGUGGCUGA